AUGACAGAUCCGGAGGGAGUGAAGCGUGAACAGAGCCUGAUCUUCUACUUUCUGCUCCCGGUCAUCUGUCUGGUGUUCGUCAUCUCUUGCCUCGGCUGUCUGCUAGUCUGCCGACAACGACGUAAUCAGAUGCGUCGGCGGCUUCGACUUGCCAGUAGUGGUUUGUCGAACGGGGCCGGAGGUGUUGGUGACGGUCUCGGACAGAGUGUGGGUCUCGGAAUGGGCGGCGUGGGCAGUGCGUCCGGCGGAAUCGUCUGCCCUCUUGGCAACGGAGGUGCAAAAACCAGCUUUUCUGCCGCCUACCUGCUGGCCGACACGAGCAACCUGAACAGCACUUGCAACACCAACAACAUUCACAACUUGUCGGGCAAAUCGGCCAGUCUGGGUCGAAUGGUGGUGACGUGCGGAGGGACGGGUGGUGGCGAGAGCAGCAGCACAACGAACGACUCGUCUGGUCCCGAGCAUCAUUCGCAACAGGCCAUGCUGUUGGUCUCCGGCCAGACGGCCUCGCUCUCCAAACAGUCGACAGCAACAACCAGUCACCUCUCCUCGACCGGCCGCCUCAUGCCCUCCGGAAAGUCGGUCGCUUCCAAUUUGCAGAACGGCCAUCCAGUUCUACCACCACCACCACCGCCACCACCACCGCCGCCGCCGCCACCGCCACUGCCACCACCAACAUUUCCCUCUGCCAUGAGUCUGGGAAUGAGCCAACAUCCCGGCCAAUCGGCCUAUCUGAACACCGCCACCACCGGCGGGUGUUGUUCCGCAGCUUUCGACCAUAACGUCGUCUCGCUCGCCAACCCUGGCCAGCUCAGUCACUCGGCCACUCUGGCCUAUCCGCCGCCGCUACCCUCCACUGGCAUGUUUCUGCAAGCCGCAGCAGCCGCCGGCGGCGGCUAUCCUUUGCCGCAGACAACGCAGAACCCAACCCUCGUCUCGGUGCCCGGCUUCAUGGCCAUGCCAACGGCCAGCUCGGCUAGCAACGGGAACUAUCUGCCCUACAGCCUCAUGUUGACGCGACCUGCUGCUCCGCCCUCGAUAGCCACCGAAAUCUCGUUCGAUCAGUACUCCGCCGUCAGUCAAUCCAUGCCCGGUCGGAGCGGAGAGUCCAGUCUGACGCAGGCCGAAGGCAGCCUCAUGGGCUUCUGUUCCGCCGGCCUCGACACCUGCACAACCGGCGGCAUGGCGUCCGAGUUUUCCACUCUCUGUCUCGCCCCGUCACCCGACAACCACAAUGCCGACACUCUAGCUCCUGUCACCAACUCUCCAGUUGGCAUCACCAAUGGCAACGGCAGUCUGGGAGGUGCCUCUAGUCUCGGCACGCACCACUACACGGCUCCGUUUGUCAACGAGUUUGCCGCCAACCUCAACGGCAGCAUGAACUUUAUGCUUCCUGCUCAC